CGGUAAACUCGAUCUUGCGUGUCGCAGAGCGGCUUUCCCUCAACGCCGCAGCAGCGCAUUUGCGGAUUUCCCUCCGGUCCCUCACUCAGAACUGAUCAUGUCGACGGCCAACUACCACGACGUGCAGCUGCUCGAUGGCGGCACCGGCGAAGAGCUCUUCCAGCUCGGCCUCCCGGACGACCGCAAGACGUGGUCGGCGUAUGCGCUCGUCCAUCCCGAGUACAAUGCGCUCGUGCGCCAAGUGCACGAGAGCUUCUUCCGCGCCGGCUCCAAGUACGUCACGUGCAACAACUACACGGUUACUGCGUGCUCGGGCUUUUCGCUGGCCGAGAUCCAGCAGUACACGACGCUGGCGGGUGCGCUCGCGGUCGAGGCGCGCACAGCCGCGGCGACGCCGACGGCCAAGAUUGUCGGGUCGCUCCCGCCACUCACCGAGAGCUACCGUCCGGACCUCGUGCUUCCGGCCGCGGACGCCGUGCCCGUCUACACGGUCAUUGGCGAUGCCCUUGCGCCGUACGUCGAUAUCUUCACGGCCGAGACCAUGUCGUGUAUUCGCGAGGCCAUCAUGGCCAUCGAUGGUGUCGCCCAUCUGAAGAAGCCGAUUUUUAUCUCGUUUACGCUCGGUAAGGACGGUGCACUGCGCAGCGGCGAAGCUGUCGAUGCGGCGAUCCGGGCGGUCGUCGCCCACUCGCCGCUCGUCCAAGCCAUUCUCUUCAACUGCUGCGAACCCGAGGUUAUCACGACGGCCUUCAAGGGCUUUAGUGCCGAGCUCGAAGCCGAGCUGCGCUUCAAGGGCAUUCGCUGGGGCGCAUACGCCAACGCGCUCACGCCCGUGCCGGAAGGCUGGACGCUCUCGGGCGCCGAGGCCGCGCAGCCGCUCCGCGAAGACAUGUCGCCGACCACGUACCUCACCUUUGUCGACGCCUGGAUCACGCAUGGCGCGACGCUCAUUGGCGGCUGCUGCGCGAUUGGGCCCCAGCACAUUAGUGCGAUCCGCGACUUUCUGGCCGCCAAGACCGCUGCGUAGAGGUCGCAUAACUCUGUUAGUACAUGUUAUAGACUCGACCACAAACUGCGUUGAAACAGCAGAGGGUGGAGGGUCGAGGGUCACAUUCGGA